CUAGCUUCUAUAAAGAAUCCCAGCACUCUACACAGUAUCUUCUAUCCUUCUCGCUUUGUUGCAGUACUCUCCGAGUCUCUCUUUUCGUCGAAUAUUAGCUUUGCUUGCAUUUUAUGGCCGCCAAUUCGAGUAGCGUUAGUGGGAUCAGGAGCUUGGGGAAGCGAGUCGUGAACCAGAUCAUCUCUACUCGCUUUCACUCUGCUUUCACCGCCAGGAAGGCUGCUCACACAUCUGUGUAUGACAAGAACUUUGAGGAUCAGGUACGACCAGCUGUAGUGCCGGAUGAACUGAUCCAGCCCGAGUCCGACAAAUACUGGGCACCACACCCAAAAACUGGUGUAUUUGGUCCAGCCACUGAGCACUCUGCAGCCGGUGGUGGGGAAGACGGUGCCCAUUCCUCUGCUGUGAAUGGUGGUCAAGACUCUGUUUUGGAAGAGAAGGCCUGGUUCCGUCCCACCAGUAUUGAAGACUUGGAGAAGCCUCACCUCCCUUGAACUAUUUAUGCGUGCUUUUCACAUCUAUAAAAUAGGUUUUGGCAUAGCAUGAGUGUUAUUAUGCCAAGAGCUUGAAAUAAAACUGGGUUGAUACUCCGAAACCUAUUUCUGGUGUAGUCGUUUUCUGGAAACCUACGAAUGCAUAUACUAGAUUAAUGUUAUUUAGGUUUGUGUGUUUGCUUUAUUUCUGCUAUACUUUUGUUAUGAAAUACUUGAACAUUGUUCCUCUGGGAAUUUAUGCUUCUGGGUUUAUGUA